ACACCAAGAGAGCUCCCCGUUGACAAUGUCUUCCAUUAAGACCGAGUGUGUUUUGCGGGAGAACUGCUGGUGUGGGGAGUCUCCGGUGUGGGAGAAGGCGUCCAACUCGCUGCUCUUUGUAGAUAUUCCUGCAAAAAAGGUUUGCCGUUGGGAUUCGCUCAGCAAGCGCGUGCAGCAAGUGACUGUGGAUGCCCCCGUCAGCUCUGUGGCCCUUUGCCAGGGAGGAGGCUAUGUUGCCACCAUUGGAACAAAGUUCUGUGCUUUGAACUGGGAAGAUCAGUCAGCAGUAGCCCUGGCCACAGUAGAUAAAGACAAGAAAAACAAUCGGUUCAAUGAUGGGAAGGUGGAUCCCGCUGGGAGUUACUUUGCUGGCACCAUGGCCGAGGAGACAGCCCCCGCGGUUCUGGAGCGGCACCAGGGGUCCCUGUACUCCCUCUUUCCUGACCACCACGUGGAAAAGUAUUUUGACCAGGUGGACAUCUCCACUGGUUUGCAUUGGUCCCUGGACCACAAAAUCUUCUAUUACAUUGACAGCCUGUCCUAAUCCGUGGAUGCCUUUGACUAUGACCUGCAGACAGGAAAGAUCUGUAGGUACUUUUUCAUUAUUCUUCUUAAUCCUGCUGGGAUUUUUUUUUCAUAUGUGUGUAACUAGGAAGCUGCCUCUUCCUCGACUGCUAUGAAAAGGCCCUUACUUGUCAAAUAAAGAACUG